AUGUUUCGCCUUGAAAUUGUCUACAAGUUAUUUCACUUUAUGCAUUUUCCAAAGGAAGAAAUGGACGUAUUUUCUAAACCAACAUUAUUCACUCGAGUCUUUGCUCUUUCUAUAAGAAAUAUGAGUUCAACAAAUCAACAACCAAAGCAUAAAAUUCUUAUCGUAGGUGGAGGCGCAGGUGGUUGUUCAAUAGCUAAUCGUUUAUGUAAACAUUUCGAAAAGAAUGAAGUUGCUGUCAUUGAGCCGUCUGCAACUCAUUAUUACCAACCUUUAUGGACACUUGUUGGUGCUGGUAUUAAACCGUUAAAGGAAUCAGCUCAACCUCUAGAAAAAGUUUUAACAUCAAAAGCCACAUUGUAUAAGGAUAAAAUUACACAUAUUGAACCAAAAGAAUCUUAUGUUGUACUAUCAAAUGGAGAUAAAAUAUCAUAUGAAUAUUUAAUCUUGGCACUUGGAAUAACUUUACGUUAUGAUAAGAUUAUUGGAGCUGAAGAAGCAUUGAAAAAUGAUCCGCGUGUUUGUUCAAACUAUUCUACAGAUUAUGUAGAAAAAACUUAUAAAGCUUAUCAAAAUUUCAAUGGUGGUAAUGCUGUGUUCACAUUACCAGCUGGACCAAUUAAAUGCGCUGGUGCACCACAAAAGGUUAUGUACCUAUUUGAAGAUUACAUGAAAAGGUCUGGUAAAAAGAUUUUGGCAAAUAUUCAUUAUUUUACUGCUACUAAUAAAAUGUUCUCAGUUGAUAAAUAUUCAGAAAAUUUAACAGAAAUCUGUAAACAACGAAAUAUCACUUGUAAUUUAUCAUACAAUUUAGUUGAAGUAGAUUCACAAGCUAGUGAAGCAGUAUUUCAACACAUGGAAACUAAAGAACUUAAACGAAUCAAAUAUGACUUUUUACAUAUCACUCCACCAAUGUGUUGUCCGGAAAUUUUAACUAAAACACCAAAAUUAACUAAUCCAAAAGCAUCUGAUUAUGUAGAUGUCAAUGUGAAAACAUUACGACAUAAUCAUUAUGAUAAUAUAUUUGCCCUUGGCGAUUGUGCUGCAUUGCCCACAUCGAAAACUGCUGCAGCUGUAGAGUCGUAUGUCAAGUACAUCAUUCAUUCACUCCAAAAAGUAGACAAUUUGAUAUACUUAGAUUUACCAACUAAUUGUGGUUAGUGUCUUUUAUUGGGUUUUUUUCUCUUAUCUCUGUUACUAACUGUUAAUCCAACUUCUUUAUCAAUCAUAGAGCCUAAUGAUACAAUCAUAGAAUUCAGAUCAAAGUAGAGGUGUUAAGAGAGUAGAUUCGAAUCGGUUACUGAAAAGUUUAAAACUCAAAUCUUUUCUACAAAUAACCUGCUUUUUUUCAUACACCUGAUUCAUUACAAUGAAAUGUAUCUUUGUUCAUUUUAAGUGCCUAAGUACAUGAAAACGUAUCAAUUAUAUCAAUUACCAUCUACUGUGAAUACGUUGAGACUAUAAUAGAAUAACCUUUAAAGCUACUUUUGUGAGGUGAUCCGCACAGGAUGCACAUAUGCCAACAUGAGACUGAUCAAUCGCAGUCCGAAAUAACAAUGGGAAGAUACAAGUAAAACAACACCAAGUGAAGUUAAACUUCACCCCAUUGCAUAACCAGGUGGCUACCAGGACUCUGUAGCUAAGUGGAUAACGCGAUAGCGUUUGUAUACGGACGGUACUGGGUUCGAAUAUAGGAGUGAACAGCAACUUUGGGAUGCAUGUACGUCCAGCUGACGAGUCCAAAAACAGGACGAAACGCGCAUCCUGGAUUCCACUGCGAGCCACUAUCCAUCUUUGCUUAAAAAAGUGCCUUAUAACUACAUCGAGGCAAUCCGCACAGGAUGCACAUAUGCCAAUGUGAGACUAAUCAGUUACAGUCCUAAACGGCAAUGGGAAGAUACAAGUAAAACAACAUCAUGUGAAUUUUUACUUUUGUGAAAUCUUAAACAUUUUAGUAACCGACACCAAUCAUUUAUUCAAUAAUCGAUAUUUAUAUUAAAGGUCUCGUUUUUUUGGAGUACACAGCUUGAAUGUGUCAUAACCUGUAUAUACCGUCUACGUUUUGGUCACAAUUUAUUCAUUACUUGUAUUGAUUGAUUUAUCUUUUUUAUAUAUAUUUAUGUAUGUGUGUUAUUUUCUAUUUAUAUGCAACUUACAACCCGAUACAUGCUCAUUGAUUUAAGUUGCCACAGCGAAACAAAAUUAUGCAAGUAAAUUCUAGAGUAUUAGAAGUAGUAAUGGUAUCAGUAGUAGUCGAGACCAUUCGACAUAGAAAAAUGAAAAAAAGGUAAUAAGGAAAUUUCGGAACUCAGGACCUUGGGGAAAUUAAAGACUGAAUGUCCCUGCGCUAGUAUAAAUGAUUCUGAUCCAUGUCACCCAAAGUUUCUAACCAUUGGUUACGAUAGUUUCACUAACCGUAACUGGCUUACUACACCCACUUGCAUGAGCCAGAAUAACAGUUAAUGACAUCAUGGAAUAAUACCAUGGUUUUGCCGCCCGCACAACAAACCACUGUGCGAUCCUCGGUAGACGGAGAUUGGGGAUAUGAAACACUUGUUCUAACCACAUCAGUUGAUAAAGAGUUAUUUCACAAAACAUUUUGUUAUCUUCACACAAUACUCCAUGCCUGGCGUCAGUAUAACUCACUUAUUGGUGCUGAAAUAUACGACCGUUCGUUCAAAGUCUUAGAUAGCAUCUAGAAGCUGGACCUGAUCACAUCUGACUGGUCUCGAUCUCUGAUCGUCUCAGUUUACAAGAAUGGACAAAAAUCCUAUGUUGAUAAUGACAAAGGAAUUCUUUCAAAUAAUAUAAUCCCUAAAAUAUUAGCCUCAAUAAUAUUUCGACGUCUAAUUGGGGCUUGUGACGAGCAAACUACAGAAAACCAAGCUGGUUUUAGACGUGAAUGUUUAGACCAAAUAUUCACCCUUCGGUAUGUCCCGGAACGGAGACAUACUUUUCGACAUCCGACAAUAUUUGUAUUCCUCGACUUUAAGGUGGCGUUUGACACCUUUGAUCAUGAAGUUCUGUGGUAGUUUCUGUCAUUGAAAGGCGUACCAAAGAAGUACAUUCACGUUGUACAGACUCUACUCGUAAAUUAGAGGCCAAGUAACAGCUUAUGGUGAAUUUUCAUUAGAAUUAAUCACUUCUAGUGGUGUCCGUCAAACUUGUCCACUUUCCAAAUUUUUAUUUAACUCUGUCAUAGAUAUGCUUUCAGAGAUAACACUCAUGAUCUUAAUUUUCAGGUUAUGAUCUACCAAGAGAUUCACUUGUUGAAUUCGAACACACAGAUGAUAUAGUUAUGUUUGGUUUAGACGGUGACGAAAUGCAUGGCUUUUUACCACGUUAGGCACGAGUGCAAGCAUGUAUGGGAUACGAUCCUCUCACUUCAAACACAAAAUGAUGCUCCAUUAUUGACCUGCGUCAGUGCCUAUGGGAUUCGCCUUAAUAAUUUCGUCUCUCUGAGCGAAUGGCGUAUGACAACUUUCAAUAAUGUUCAUACAUAUGAGGUUAAAUUUUGCUACCGACUGACUGUUUGAAGACACCUUUGUUCAAAUACGAAUAUCCGUUACUCAUCUAUAUGUGUAUAAAUUUGAUUGAACAAUUAGUGUAAAUUACUAGUAUAGGGGUUGUG